UUUCCUCGUCGCGGUAUUAGCAUUUUAGCUUCACCGGAGUCAAACUGCGACUGUGAGUCAUCGGAGUUAUCUCAGAGUUCGCCUGUGUUGUUCUCUCUGUGUGAGGACUCAGCUCCACACUGUAGGAGGUAGAGACAGCUGGUGUCUUAAGACUGACGGUCUUUCCAGGUUGACGUCCUGUGGGAGGGAUCUUUCACUUCCCUCUCGAACCAUCCGUCACGGAAGUCCCGGUUAUAUAUAGUGUAUAGACGAGCCAAAUAUAUAAUCUGUUCAUUUUUCAACGAGAGGAUGACUUUCCUAAUCCUAUAUAUCCUCUCCGUCUGUGUCAGUGAGCUGUUCGAGAUCAGCCACAUCAGAACCAUCUACCACAUGUUCAUUGCCGUGCUCCUCAUCUUCUGUCUCAGCACACUGGCUGUGGACUACAUCGACCAGGGCAGGCUGGUCUUGGAGUUUGACAUACUUUUCUAUGCCUUCGGAAAGAUGGGCACGGUCAUCCAGGCCUGGCUGGUGAUGUUCGUCUACACCCUGCUGGUUCCCUACUACACCCUGGUGCUUUGGG